AUGAAGUUCCUCAUCACCAUCGUCACUCUGGUCGUCACCCUGCUCGGUCUCGCCAACCAUGCAUCCGCUCAAGGCUUCGUCAGUAACUGCACCUGGCAAGGCGCCAACCUCACUGGCUCCUUCCUAGGCAUGUACUGCAACGACAAUGACUGGGCCGAAUUCCACUACAUGUGGACCUGGUUCGACCUCGGGCACUGCAUGCUCAACAACGGCGGCAGUCUGGCUGCAUAUGACAAUGGGCAAUUCUACGGCAGCUGCCACGACUGCAGCUUCCGAGGAAGCAACACCGACUUCCAGUUCGCCUGCCUGUGCUCGGACAUCGACGGCAACCUUAAGAACUCAAGCUACGACAUCAAUCGUAUUGUCUGGAACCACAAUGGCACCCUGGGCUGUUACGGGUGGCAAGGCAACCAGAGUUCGCGUCCUUGA